UUCCGAUCAUCAUCAUCGUCGUCGAGCUCAAUUUGCAGUAUAGAGAGAAGAAUCCUGACGCAGAAAUGGUAGACGACAGCAAGGUGGUUGUUCCGCCGCACGAUCUGAAUGCCAAGUGGGAUGCUUGUCUCGAUUUAGGUCUCCGUCGAUUCGUCUAUUCUUCUUUGGGCGGUUCCUUCGCCGGUCUUCUCCUCUUCAGGAGUCCAGUAACACGUUGGGCAUCAGUGGCUUUUGGUGCUGGUAUUGGCAUUGGAUCUGCAUAUACAGAAUGUUCAUAUAAAUUUGAUUCAUCAACUACAAAGUUGGUAGCAGCUCCAACCAACCCAGAAUCUCAUUCAUCUCUGGAUGAACAGGAGUGAGAAUGAUGGUUUUUUGCAUCUCAUUUGGUUGAGGAGAACCUCUAUAAGUUGAGAUGAGGAAACUGUUUUUUUCCCUUUUGGCUUUUGACUUGUGGUGUGUAGUUUCCCAGAUUGUUCUUAAAUUGUUUGGACUGAAAUCAUCAAUUGAUGUUGUAAUGUGUCUCAUAUGUCAUAAAGAAAUGAGAUAAAUAUUUCUUGUUGUUGGA